AUAAAUGCUCUCCACGUUACCUCGAGACGAAGAAGUCACCUCUCCCGGGACACCAAGCACCCGCGAGAACAUGCGUCCGUCUUGAUCGUGUCCUGUUAUACGGUGACCAGUGUUCGGUUUGAAAACCGGCAAACUAGAUCGCGAUACGAAACAUGCGAAUCUUGUGGAUUGCCACAAUAGUGGCAGUGCUCUCCACAUAUGCGACAGCAUCUAGUGAGAAGAGCAAAAGGGCGAUAGCGACAAGCGGAGGCUACAACUAUGAACCGCCAAAUGUUAUAUUCACGCUACCGCCGCGAACACCGCCGCCGCCAACACCACCACCGAUUACUCCAAGACCGGUGACACCAACGUACCCAACGCAAGGUCCACCAACCAGGCCCCCUGGGCCACCAACUAGGCCACCUGGGCCACCACAGCCGACUGGUUAUACUUAUCCAGCGCCAGUACAGCCUACAUUACCACCAUAUAAGCCACCAUCGCCGCAACCACCAGCGCCUCCAACAUACAGGCCGCCAUCGCCUCAACCCCCGGCGCCACCAACUUACAGACCACCAUCUCCACAACCACCAGCGCCGCCAACCUACAGACCUCCUCCUCAACCACAUACUCCAACCUAUAGACCUCCUCAACCGCCUGCACCACCAACGUAUAGGCCUCCUUCUCCUCAACCGCCUGCGCCACCAACGUAUAGGCCUCCUUCUCCUCAACCACCUGCGCCACCAACGUAUAGACCUCCCUCUCCUCAACCACCUGCGCCGCCAACAUACAGACCUCCCCCACCUCAGCCUCCAUCACCACCAGGUUAUAAUUAUCCAGUGCCUCCAAAACCAUUCCCACCUGUAACUAGACCGCCUCAACCACAACCACCAAGAACACCACCACCGUAUACACCUCCUUCUCCUCCUCAACCCCCGCCAACACCAAGACCUCCACAACCUCGUCCUCCAACGCCACCACCAUACGUACCACCGUCUCCACCACAACCACCAAGACCUCCAACCCCACCACCGUAUGUACCACCUUCUCCACCACAGCCACCAAGACCGCCAACCCCACCACCUUAUGUGCCACCUCCACCACAGCCACCAAGACCUCCAACUCCACCACCGUAUGUGCCACCCUCUCCACCUCCACGAACUAAUCCUCCACAAACACCGAGACCUUACCCCCCGCCAUCGACGGGUUAUAGUUAUCCUGUACCCCCACAACCGACUAGGCCACCUCCACCACCACCACCACGUCCUCCAACACCGUCACCAUACGGGCCUCCUCAACCACCACAAACACCACGACCUCCACCACCACGUCCUCCGACACCGCCACCGUACAUACCACCUUCUCCACCACAACCGCCAAGACCACCAACCCCACCACCUUAUGUGCCACCUCCACCACAGCCACCAAGACCUCCAACCCCACCACCAUAUGUGCCACCUUCUCCACCGCAACCUCCAAGACCUACUCCUCCUCCACAAACACCGAGACCUUACCCCCCGCCAUCGACGGGUUAUAGUUAUCCUGUACCCCCACAACCGACUAGGCCACCUCCACCACCACCACCACGUCCUCCAACACCGUCACCAUACGGGCCGCCUCAACCACCACAAACACCAAGACCUCCACAACCACGUCCUCCGACACCGCCACCGUAUGUACCACCCUCUCCACCACAACCUCCAAGACCUCCAACUCCACCACCAUAUGUGCCACCUUCGCCACCACAACCUCCAAGACCUACUCCUCCUCCGCAAACGCCCAGACCUUAUCCCCCGCCAUCACCGGGAUACAGUUAUCCAGUACCUCCACAGCCAACUAGACCGCCACCACCACCACCGCGACCACCAACACCUCCACCAUACGGGCCUCCACAGCCACCGCAAACACCCCGACCUCCAAUACCAUAUGGACCUCCUCAACCACCACAAACACCCAGACCUCCCACCCCACCACCGUAUGGACCACCUCCUCAGCCACCACAACCUCCACGACCACCCUCACCACCACAAACUCCUCGUCCUCCUUCACCGCCACGACCGCCUACUCCUACAGCGUAUCUACCUCCUUCUCCUCCAAGACCUACUCCGGGACCGUAUCAACCCCCACCAGUACCAUCGUAUACACCUCCAGGUCCUACCAGACCACCAUAUGGACCUCCACCUCAACCACCUCAAACUCCACGACCACCUUCUCCGCCAAGACCACCUCAACCACCGCAGACUCCAAGACCUCCUCCAUCGCCAACACAACCUCCUUAUGGACCACCAAGUAGACCAUACUUACCACCCUCUCCACCCCAACCACCGCAAACUCCGCGACCACCUUCUCCACCAAGACCACCUCAACCACCGCAGACUCCGAGACCUCCAGCACCGCCAACACCUUAUGGACCGCCAAGUAGACCAUACUUACCGCCGUCUCCUCCACCACCACCUCCAACGCCGCGGCCAUAUGUUCCACCAUCUCCUCCACAACCACCUCCAACGCCACGGCCAUAUGUUCCACCAUCACCACCGCCUCAACCACCAUCUCCACCAGGACCGUAUAUACCUCCAAGUCCUCCUACUAGGCCACCGUACGUUCCUCCUCCACCGCCCCCACAGCCAACUCGACCACCUCAACCACCGCAACCUCCUCGACCAUACAUCCCACCAAAACCAACUCCUCCCCGACCUCCAGUCACACCGCCAAGGCCAACACAGCCUAACACUUAUCUACCACCCGAUCGGUCAACACCAAGACCUACACCACCACCAUUUUCUACACCAAGACCUACUCCUGGAUAUCCUACACCACCACCAUUUUCUACACCAAGACCUACUCCUGGAUAUCCUACACCACCACCAUUCUCUACACCGAGGCCUACUCCUGGAUAUCACACUCCACCAUCAGUCUCCACUCCGAGACCUACUCCUGGAUAUCCUACACCACCACCAUUCUCUACACCGAGGCCUACUCCUGGAUAUCACACUCCACCAUCAGUCUCCACUCCGAGACCUACUCCUGGAUAUCCUACACCACCACCAUUCUCUACACCGAGGCCUACUCCUGGAUAUCACACUCCACCAUCAGUCUCCACUCCGAGACCUACUCCUGGAUAUCCUACACCACCACCAUUCUCUACACCGAGGCCUACUCCUGGAUAUCACACUCCACCAUCAGUCUCCACUCCGAGACCUACUCCUGGAUAUCCUACACCACCACCAUUCUCUACACCGAGGCCUACUCCUGGAUAUCACACUCCACCAUCAGUCUCCACUCCGAGACCUACUCCUGGAUAUCCUACACCACCACCAUUCUCUACACCGAGACCUACUCCUGGAUAUCCCUCACCACCUCCUAAACCUCCAGUAACGCAGCCCAACACUUAUUUGCCACCAGAUCGUUCAAAGCCUACCCUCCCUACGUCUCCUACGUAUUCCACCCCCGGAUAUCCGACAAGACCUCAUGUAAGCACCCCUUCCGUUUCUACGCAGACUCCGUAUCAUCCAACAGGCACCGUACCAGGUACUCGACCUCCACCGUACCUACCUCCUUCUACACCCUCUUCGCCGCGUGUUACGGUGACACCACCUCCACCACCUACGCCUAUUUACACCAUUGUACCAACGUCGACUAUUUACACCCCGCCACCAACCGGUCGGCCAGCUCCUCCACCCACUUUGCCGCCGACCACGAACAGGCCUACUGGCUACUUCUACCCGGUGCCAGAGAACCCAUUUGAACUACCGCCUUUCCUUCGAUGAAAAGGAGAACGAGUGAUCUUUUCUAGAUGAACUGACAGUCGCAAACUGACUUCUCUUCUCCUUUUUUGUAAUUUUUAUAUAUAUAGUUUAAGAGCUAUUUAUGUAGUGCUAUUAAAGACGACGGUUCUGCUAAAUCUUUUGACGAAGGAAUUGGCGUAAUGUAGGAGAUAACGUAACUGGAUUCUUGUCAGUUACUUAUGCGUGUAUAUGCAAAGAUCGUUGUAAUAAAUAAAAAAAA